UUUUUUUUUUUUGUCGUCGUCAGCGACGAUGAGCACGAUCCCCGACUAUCGACGGGGCAUGUCUGACCCUUUCCUUUCCCACUUAAUCGCUCUACUUUCCAUCUACGAACUUGGCCCAAUCUCGACGCCACUCCCCCGCUAUGAUGGCCCUACAGAUUGGCAAACUGAUAGCAUUUUGCGCUCGCUGGGAGCUGUUGCUCGGAGAAUGUACACUGCUGAGGAGACGCUGGCUUCUAUAAAGGCUUCAGAGAAUUGGCAGGGCAAUGGCCCAGAGACGAGGCGACAUUCCCAUGUCCACGUC